CCUUUGAGAAGGAGUUGGUGGAUCUCUGACAGAUCUUCCUCGCCACUGGCAAGUUUGGGUGUGAUGUAUAAGCCGCGAACACAUAAGGAAUACUUUUCAUUAUCAUUUCAACAUCUUCCAUCGAAUCUAGAUUGUUUGACUACACAGCUUUGUGUAUAGCUGCGAUCCUGUCCAGGGCUGGCGUAUAUUCAGCUGAUUCGAAAGAUUCAAUGAUUAGGUGGAUCGUCAUAUUGCUGCAAAAUCAAGAUCGCAACCAUCACCAUGCCGCUCACAGUCCUUAGUGACGCCGAGGUUCGAAACCUCCUCCUCACUUUGACCAGAGCAGACAUCGAAGAUUUACAAGGGACACUGGGAGAAGCUCUCCAUUCUUAUUCUACGGGAGACACAAACUCGCCUUGCAGUGCAUCGCACCAACCGCGGCAGACGGCCAUCAAAAGGAAUGGCGUCACAACCUUGUUCAUGCCGGCCUCGACAGGGACCACAGUGGGCAUGAAGAUUGUUUCUCUAGAACAAGCAGAUGCACCAAGCAGAAAGCAAUCCUCGACGACUUCGCAGAAGGGAAGUAUCUCAACACCGGAUGGAGCAUCCCCAUUAAAAUCAGUGACCAGCGACCUGGGUUCCAUGACCAUCAGCCCAGCAUCAACCCUAGCAUCCGAAGAAACAACCUCGUCAAGUGGCAGCAAGGGUUCAAUCGAUGGCUCGAGUUUCCGACCACCGGCUUCAAUUGCCAGUUCUCAAAGCACUACGCCUAAAGGAUCUGUUGCUGUCUUCGACUCCAAAGGCAAUCCACAGGGCAUUGUAAAUGCGGAAGAACUCACAGCUUUUAGAACGGCUCUGGCUGCCACGUUUCUGGUCCGCAAACGCCACCAUUGUCACACCGUAACGGUCUUUGGGGCCGGGAAGCAAGCGUACUGGCACAUCCGCUUGGCCUUGCUGCUCAGGGGAGAUGACAUAAAGCACGUCAACAUCAUCAAUCGAUCCUUUGAGAGGGCCAUUCGAUUGAUGAAGGCGUUUCAGAUCACGGACGACUCCCCUGACAAAGGCAAGUGGCGUAAAGACGUCAAGUUUUCCACCAUGAGCCCCGAUUUUGGAGAGUAUGGACGCUUGCUCAAGGAAGAGGUCCGAAAAGCGGAUGUGCUUUUCUGCUGCACUCCUUCAGCAGAACCUCUAUUUCCUGCCGAAUUCCUCACAUCGCGAGAAGGUCAGAGGAAGGGCCGAUAUAUCUCUGCUAUUGGUUCGUAUACGCCUCACAUGUGUGAGUUGCAUCCCGACAUACUCAAGGUCGCCGUUAAACAUGACGGGCACCAUCACCAUCAUAAGCAUGCUAAACAGGGAGGGGUGGUUAUCGUCGACAGUCUGGAGUCAUCUCUCAAAGAAGCAGGCGAGGUGAUUCAGGCCAAGCUCAAGCCAGAUCAGCUCGUGGAGAUUGGAGAAUUGAUCAUGAUCAAGAAAGCAGCCAGGAAGGAAGUCGAGCUGGGCGGCGAAGGAGAAGGGGGUCUGUGGGAAUGGCUGACUCGGGGCAACGUCAUUUACAAGAGCGUUGGGAUGGGUCUAAUGGAUCUGGUGGUUGCAGGUGAAUUGAUCAGGUAUGCACGGGAGCGUAAUUUGGGAGUGACAGUCGAGGACUUUUAGGUCGAUUGGGGAUGUUUUGAAACAUCCUGAGGACGAGGUUUUGUCUUGUUGGGAGGAGUCUGGAUCCAGAUCACAGUUGUUUCCGUUGGGUUUGUGAGUAACCCACUCGCUGUAAUUAUAAGCGACAUUUUACUACCUAAAUCAUCUCUGUUAUCAAGCGCAGACACCCAAUUUGACAGGACUGUAUCUCCCAA